CGCUAACUCUUCCACUCUAGAGGAAGUGCUGCGAGUAUAACACUGUUUCUUGUUCUAGAAAAAGGCCUGUAGUAAUGCUCUGAGACUAUAUAGGGACCAGGCUGGGCGUCCACCAGCCUUAUAUUCGCCAGAUAUCGAGCCCCUGGGCUAAGAGGUGUCCGCCAGAACCAUGAGUGUGGUGUCUUCCUACAGCUCCUCGUCCUACUCGCCCUCUGCGGCGCGGCUCUCGCUGGCCGGCCAGUCCCUUAGCUCCCUCCCAGAAUACCUGAAGCGACGGGUCCUGGAGGAAGGACUGGAGGAGCUGAAUCUGGCUCAGAACCGUCUCUCCCCUCUCCCUGCGGCGCUUCUUGGCUCUUUCGCGGGACUCCGCAAACUGGACGUCUCCGACAACGGUCUCCACGAGCUACCGGAGGAACUGUGCCAGUUGCAGAGACUAGAGGUCCUCAUAGUCAAGAGGAACUGCCUCAAGAGCCUGCCGGAGAGCUUCGCUCGGCUGGGUUCCUCACUGAGAGAGCUGAACGCCAGCGGAAACUCGUUGGAGAAGUUCCCGCCGCAGAUCGUCCGCCUGGCGAAGCUGGAGUGCCUGCACCUGGGCGGAAACAGACUCCGGGCAGUGCCGCGGUCCAUAGGCCAGCUCAAAGAACUCUCCAAUCUCUAUCUGGGAGGAAACAGACUUCAGGAGGUCCCCCCAGAGCUCGGACAACUCCACAAACUGGCAGCGCUCGUCCUCUGUGACAACCAGCUCCUGUCCAUCCCGUCACAACUGGCCCACCUGGCUCACCUCACUUCCCUCCGUCUCCACAACAACCAGCUUCAGACCUUACCCAAGGGCCUCGUCCAGUGUGUGGCACUCCGAGAGCUGAGUCUCCGAGGCAACCCCCUCGUUUAUCGGUUCGUCAGGGAGUGGGCGGACAGCGUUCCAUCUCUCUUGGAGCUAAGUGCCCGGGCCCUCCUCAAAGAGGGGAUGUCAUACCCUCAAGAGUUGCUCCCUGGUGGGUUAGCAAGGUAUCUCCAAUCUGCGCGUCACUGCGACAACCCAGACUGUAACGGCGUAUACUUCCAAUCUCACGUCCAGUCGGUCACGUUUGUUGACUUCUGCGGAAAGUACCGCAUCCCGUUCAUGGAGUACCUGUGUUCUCCGGUGUGUGCAGUGGGCGUGGACGACAGCAGUAGUGGCGGGAGUUGCGUCACGUCAAGCGAAGAGGACGAGGAGGAAGGAACAAGACACAGAAUGAAGAGGGUCCUCCUCGGGUAAUUAGGUUCUCCGUCAUUCCAACCAUUUACACAAGCCACACAGACCUGAUGCAAGGCCAGCUCCCACGAGCCACGCAGCCACGGACGUUUUUUCUUCAAGGAUAGAUUUUGCUCAUCGGAUAAUUGGGCAAGAAUGAGUAUUAACUACUCGCAAGGGCACCCCAUGUUCAUUUUAUCACAUCACUACAAUAAUAUAGCUUUCUCCAUCACCAAUUUCUUUUCUGUAUAAUCUCCAUCAUUCCUGCCUCUCUUCUACACCAUCUUGUUUUUCUAUUUUCUCAACUCAUUUUGAUCACAUGGUCUUCUUAUCACUGUGUCUAUCUACAUGCGGCACCAAUGCAGUGCAUGCCCUGGCCAUGAAUAUCCAAUAUGCCUGCUAUGUAAUCACAUGACACAGGUACAUGGUAAUUAUUUGGUGAAUGUGCCAUCAUGAA